GCUGCUUCGGUUCAUCCGUCAGAUUGGAGGAGACAGAGGCGGAGGCGGAGGCGGAGGCAAAAGAGAAAGAGGGGAAGGAGACCGACACAGAACUAUCUCUGUUUCUGGCUCCACUGCCAGUGAAGGAGUUUUCAUUCAGACUUUCCGAAGAGAGGUGGAGAAACCUAAAGACUCAGGAGAAGAAGAGGUCUUUUGAGCCAAAUGGGGCAUUAGUUCUUCUGCUUUCCUCAGCAUGGAUAAACCUUUUCCUCAAGGAUUUUCUGAUGUGCCCUAAGGUCCAUGUAACUACAAGGGCUAUUUAUCACCACAAGUGCCACCCUGACCCCAAACCACUCAGAACUCAAGAAUCGAAGCAAAAUGGACGCCGCAGUGACAGACGAUUUCCAACAAAUUCUCCCUAUUGAACAACUGCGCUCUACUCAUGCUAGCAAUGAUUAUGUGGAACGGCCUCCAGUCCCCUGUAAACAAGCCCUCUCCAGCCCCUCCCUUAUAGUGCAAACCCACAAAUCUGAUUGGUCGCUGGCUACCAUGCCUACUGCUCUUCCCCGCAGUCUCAGCCAGUGCCAUCAAUUGCAGCCCUUGCCUCAGCAUCUGAGCCAAUCUAGCAUCGCCAGCUCAAUGUCCCAUAGCACCACUGCCUCUGAUCAAAGGCUCUUGGCCAGCAUUACGCCCUCACCUUCAGGCCAGUCCAUCAUCCGAACGCAGCCUGGAGCAGGGGCCCACCCAAAGGCUGAUGGUGCUCUGAAGGGAGAAGCUGAGCAAUCUGCUGUGCACCCCAGUGAGCACCUCUUCAUUUGCGAGGAGUGUGGGCGCUGCAAAUGUGUCCUCUGCACAGCAGCUCGUCCUCUCCCCUCCUGCUGGCUGUGCAACCAGCGGUGCCUUUGCUCUGCUGAGAGCCUCCUCGAUUAUGGCACUUGUCUCUGCUGUGUUAAGGGUCUCUUCUACCACUGCUCCACUGAUGAUGAAGACAACUGCGCUGAUGAGCCCUGCUCCUGUGGGCCUAGCUCUUGCUUUGUCCGCUGGGCAGCCAUGAGUCUCAUCUCCCUCUUCCUCCCUUGCCUCUGCUGCUACCUGCCUACCCGUGGAUGCCUCCAUCUGUGCCAGCAGGGCUAUGAUAGCCUCAGGCGACCAGGCUGCCGCUGUAAGAGGCACACCAACACUGUGUGCAGAAAAAUCUCUUCUGGUAGUGCAGCAUUCCCCAAGGCCCAGGAAAAGUCCGUAUGACCUUCCCACCAAAUGGAUCCAGAGCUUUCUCCUUCUAACUCCCAUUAGUAAAGGGUAGGCCUCAUCUUUGAAGACGGGGAGAAGGAGGAAAGCAGCCAAAGUUAAGGCCUCACCAGUUUUGCUCCUGCAGUGUCAGGGAAAUGGCCAAGUCCAUCCUGGUGCAGGAUGCCUUGUUCUUUCUCACAGUAUCUAUCCCACUCCUCUUCCACCUUUGUACACCUUGCCAUUUUAGCCCUGGGGCUGUCAUGGCAAAUUCAGGUGAUAUAUAGGCAUGAGAUUUGGACACUGAGGACUGACAGAGCCAGCAACGUGGAGGUUUAGGGGCUUCGCAGCAGAAUGCCUCUUGAUGCAGGCUCUGAGCGUCACUCUACUUUCCACAGUGCCUUUGGAAACUUUCUUCUAAGAUGGUUUUCACAGGUCCACGUGGAACAGUGUUAAAUGUUCCAGGGAAUCUGACCCCUUCUCCCUCUUUACUGCCCUUCUCUUCUUUAGUCUUUUUCUCCCUCUCUCCUCUUCUUCUUUGUUCCU